AUGGACAAAGCAUCAGUUGACUACACUCUUUAUUUGGUGACGGAUUCCACCAUGAUCCCCGCCAAUAAAACGUUCUUGGAUCAAGUGUCUCAAGCCAUAGACAAUGGGGUUACGCUUGUUCAAUUACGGGAGAAGUCACUUCUGACUCUUGAUUUCAUCAACAGAGCAAAAGAAACUCUCCAAUUGUGUAGAAAGAAGGGGAUUCCCUUGAUCAUCAACGAUAGAGUGGAUGUUGCUCUCGCUGUUGAUGCAGACGGAGUACAUGUGGGUCAAGAUGACAUGCCAGCUACAUUAGUACGGAAAUUGAUUGGUCCAGAUAAGAUUUUGGGUCUUUCAUGUGGGAUCCCUCUGGAAAUGGAGAAGGCAAUAGAAGAAGGAGUAGUUGAUUAUGUUGGGUUUGGUGCAAUGUUUCCCACAAAGACGAAAAAAGAUAUCAAGUUGGAUCGGUUUGGUCAAGGACCAAUAGGGAUACGGAGAUUGUUACGUACACUUGAGAAACAUAACUCAUCAAGUGAAAGGAAAAUCAAAUGUGUGGCUAUUGGUGGAAUCAACCAAUCAAAUGCUGCGAAAGUGUUAUAUCAAUUGAAUACGCCUACUCAGAAGGUUGAUGGGCUUGCAGUUGUUUCAUGUAUAAUGGCAGCUCCUGAUGCCGCUAAGGCUACCAAGGAUUUGAUUCAAAUAAUUCAUACCCCUGCUCCUUGGACUCAAGCACUUACUAUUACUAAAGAGGAACCACAAUCACUCGAGAACAAGAUUAAGACUGUUACCGCUAAAUCACCUUUGGUUCAUCAUAUAACGAAUGGAGUGGUAAAAAACUUCAGUGCUAAUGUGACGUUAGCCAUUGGUGCUUCUCCAAUCAUGUCAGAAUUCGGGGAUGAAUAUGAAGAGUUUGCUUCCACCAUUGAUAACAUUUGUUUGGUGCUUAAUAUUGGAACUCCAUCGCCUGAAAUGAUGAAUCUUUUCAAACAUGCCCUUCAAACCUACAACAAAUACGGGAGAAUGAUUUUAUUGGAUCCUGUAGCCUGUGGUGCAACACAAGCAAGACUAAAUGUUGUUAAGGAACUACUUAAUUAUGGACAAGUUAAUGUCAUUAAGGGAAAUAUUGGAGAGAUAUCAGGUAUCUUAAAAUUAACUAGCACUUAUAAGCAGGCUAAUGGUAAUGAAGAAGAGGUGUUGAUGAAGGGAGUGGAUUCAAUCGCUCAACUUAAUGAAGAUGAUAUUAUUUCUACAGGGAAACAAGUCUCCAAAGACUUUAAAGUGGUUGUGGUGAUUUCAGGUCCUAUUAAUUAUGUUAUUCAUCAAGAUAGAUAUAAGAGCAUUCCAGGUGGUCAUCCCCUCAUGGGAACAGUUACAGGAACAGGAUGCAGUUUAGGAAGUACAAUUGGAUCUUUUAUUGGUGCUCAAGCUGAUGGAAGAAACAAAGACAAGUUUGAUGUGUAUGAAGCUGUGAUUGGAGCCGUAGAGCUUUAUAAUAAAGCAGGAAGAGAAGCUGCUGAAGAAGCUAAAGGUUCUGGAACAUUUAUGGUGAAGUUCAUUGAUAAGCUCUUUGAAAAUACUCACAAUAUUUAA